AUGCGAUUGAAGGUUCCACAAUUAUAUUUCAAGGCAUGUCAUGAUUCAAGAGGUUUGUUACGUAACUUGUUCUGGUCUGAUGGGAUUAGCCAACUAGACUACCAACUCUUCGGGAAUGUUAUUGCUUUUGAUGCUACGUACAAGAAGAACAAGUAUAGUUGUCCAUUAGUCAUAUUCAGCGGGAUUAACCACCACAACCAAACAAUUAUUUUUGCUGCUGCGUUAAUUGUAGACAAAACUACUGAUACAUAUAUUUUGCUCCUGCGUCAGCUCAUGUUUGCAAUGAAGGGCAAGACCCCGACCUCAAUAAUAACUGAUGGGGCCAUGGCGAUUAGGAAUGCAGUAAGAGAAGUAUUUUCCGAAGUUAGACAUAGAUUAUGCUCUUGGCACCUUAUUCGAAAUGUAACUAGCAAUGUUGGAAAUUCAUCGUUUACAUCUAAAUUCAGAAAAAUCAUGUUGGGAGACUACGAGAUUCCCGUGUUUAAGCGUAAGUGGGUUCAGCUUAUUGAAGAAUUUCGCCUUGAGGAUAAGCCGUGGGUGAUCAACAUGUACGAAGAGAAGCAUAUGUGGGCUACUGCAUAUAUAAGAGGAAAAUUCUUUGCUGGCUUUAGGACUACCUCAAGAUGUGAAGGUUUACACUCAGUUGUGGCAAGGUAUGUGGGGUCGCGGUAUGAUUUGACAAGUUUUGUAGAGAAUUUUCAAAGGUGUGUUGCACACUUGCGCUUUAAAGAAUUUAAUGCUGAUUAUGAAUCUACACGUGGGGUGCCCGUCAUGCAGACUUGUAUAGAGCUGCUAGAGAGAUAUGCUGCUGAGUUAUAUACUCAUGAGAUAUUUCUUUUGUUUCGGCCAUUUCUCUCUAGAGCUGGAUCAAUGCGGGUGCUAAACAUAGAGAAUAGCGAUGAUUGCAUAAAUUGGCGGCUGGUGGCUUCUCAUCCGCAAGCUCCCAGGGUACCUAAGCUCGGCGGCCCAUCUGAGUAA